AGCCUUUUAAUUUCACUUCAGACGUUGAUAAUAGUAUUACAGCUCGUUAUGGCCAGACCGCUAAAGAAUAUGUUUUACUUGAAGAUUAUGAUAAUACAUAUCAAGUUAAAUUUAUGUGGAAUCAAACAACAUUAUCAGAAAAUAACAGAGAGUUCACAUUAGGAAGAAUGACCUAUAAUUUUAUUGCUAAUUCUGAAAAGUUUCAAGAGAAUAAUAAAGAACAAAUACCAAUAUUAACUAAUAAUCAAAAUAUGCCUGAAAAACUUAUUAGAGGAAAGUUUCGCUAUAUUUUACCAUGUUUACCAUUUUAG